UUGCACUGAAAUCGAAAAUGGUGUCAUAGCGAAAGAUAAAAGCUUAUUUUUUCGCCAAACGGCUACCAGAAUUUCUUUUGUUUUAGGGAUCCAAAGUUUAAAAAACAUGGCAGCUUUUUACGACUACAGUUCAUAUUCAUCGGCAGCAUCAGAUACAGAAUAUUCUAGAGAACAUUUAGAGGAUUUAUCAUAUGGAAACUUGAGUACUAUACCUGAAUGUAUUUUACAGCGUUCAGCCGUACUCCAUUCUCUUCAGCUAGACAAUAACGAUAUAACAAGUUUACCAAGUACCAUAGGACUGUUUAAAAAGUUAAUAGUUUUAGACAUUUCUUCUAAUAACAUGACAUUUAUUUCUGACGAGAUUUGUCAGCUUACAAAAUUGAGAACUCUGAUUGCCAAAAACAACAAAUUGUCAACUGAUUCUUUUCCAAAAAACUUCGGAUCUCUAAAAAUGCUGGAAGUCAUAAAUGUUAGUGGCAAUCAAUUAGAUGCAAUCCCACCACAGUUCACAGAAUUGGAUAAACUUCAAGUGUUGCAUUUUGGGGGUAAUGUCAUCAAAGAACUGCCAAGUACCAUCAAGCAUUUAACUAGACUACAGGUUCUGUACCUUGGUGGGAACCGCCUGACCGACAUCCCCGCCGAGGUGGGUUACCUGAGCGAGCUGACCUCCCUUGUGCUGUGUGACAACCGGCUGCAGAGUCUUCCCCCCACCCUCAUCAACCUGCACAAGCUGCGCAGCCUCAGCCUGCACAACAACAAGCUCUCCACGCUGCCCACGGAGAUUGUGGCCUUGAACCUUGUGGAGCUCAGCCUGCGCAACAACCCUCUGGUCAACCGUUUCGUUGAGGAUUUAGUCUACAACCCCCCAUCACUAUUGGAGCUGGCUGGGAGAGUGAUUAAAAUAGAAAAAAUUCGCUACACACCAGAUGACCUGCCGUACAGUCUGGUCAGGUACCUGGACUCAGCGCAGAGGUGUGUCAACCCCAAAUGUAAAGGAGUCUACUUCUCCUCCCGCGUGGAGCAAGUCAAGUUUGUUGACUUCUGUGGCAAGUACCGGCUGCCACUGCUGCAGUACCUCUGCUCACCCAGCUGCACCACAGCCUCCCCCACAGUCUGCUCCAGCCGGGAGAGUGACGAGGAGGGAGAGGCCUCGGCUGCCAGGGAUAGGAUGCAGAGAGUCCUGCUGGGCUGAAGGCUGUACUGGACCUGCUCCGGAGGAUUAUUUUUGCAUUUAGUUAUGUAUAAAAACACAAAGUAUAUUGGUCAAUUCUGAGUACAAAUCAAUUCAAUAUGUUAAAUAUAUUUGCCAGAGGUUUUUAAGCAAUAUUGGUAAUGUUUGCGAGCUGGUUAAUACUUAACUUAAAAGUUGAUGUUUUUGUUUUAAAGUAAAUGGCAUUA